AGAUCCUUAUGUCCUUAUUGAACAAGACGUGGAGGACAACAACACUGUGAACCUGACAUGCAACUGUAGACUACGGAUCUAUCCAGAUAGCGUCCCAACUGUGUCAGUCACAUGGAGAGAAAACGAUGUCAGGCUGUAUAGUGGGGGACGGAUUCACAUGGCGUCAUCUGAUACUUGGAGCUCUGUGUAUGAAGGGAGACAGAUAAACCACACCAGCACCUUGCCUAUUCGUGAUGGUUGGCGGGAGAACGACAGAUACAAGUGUCAGGCUGGAGUGGGGGAGGUACAGUCUGAGUGGAGUGUGGAGAUUGUCCUACUGUAUUGGUCUGAUGAUAACAAGAACUACACUGUGGUGCCUGGAGGAGAGGAUGCCAUGAUGACGUGGAAGAUGCCCUCCCUGGAGAGCGGGUCCUACAUCACGUCGCCCUCUGGACCACGUUUAAUGUGGAAGCUGUCUGAUAAAUGGAACGUUGGGAAUACCUUCACCUCAAGACUGCAGAUCAAGGGAAUUAGUCCUUCAUCUGAAUUUGUCAUUGUACGUUUGUUGCUUCAUAAUGUUAUAGCAUCUGAUGCAGGCAACUACCUUUGUGUCAGCGGAUAUCACACCAUCCCUAAGUGUGGACAUACCUUGAUUGUCUCACGUAAGUAGCUCAGACCAGACUCCAUUGUUCACAGACCUCCGUCGUAUGGCAGGAGUCUUUCUU